CACCACGCCCACCACUUCUCCCGCUUCUGCCUUUCUACAUACCUCUGAGCCUGGCGGCCUGUAGAGAGGUGAGGGAAGCGGCAAAGCCAUUGAUGCUGUGCUUGUAGCUGUAGAUGAGGGAGGCUCUGGCCUCUUCCUCGGAUUCCUUCACGGACGACAGGUACGAGUGGUGGCUUCCUUCUAUCUCCUCCGCCGUUUUCUCUCCCGACUGCUCUCGGAGGUACACGAUAUACGUCUUCUCCGCACUUGUGGCGGCUACUGACAGAGCGAAGCCGAGGAGGAGGAGCAGAAGCGGAGAAAGGUUCUCCCCCCUCGUCGUCAUUGUUUGGCGGAGGACGUGUUGUUGGGCUUUUUUUUAGCUGGUGUGGGGAGGGAAUCUCUUUAGUUUGUUGGCCUUUAGGGUAUUCUAUUUAUCUAUACCUUCUUUCUUUUUUCUUUUUCAUUUUUCUUUUUUUUGCCAGCCGGUGACAAUUAUUUUUCCUCUUAAAACUAUUUUUAUUUCCCUAAUUUUAUGCCAAUUAAAUGAC